AUGGCAGAGCGGAAGGCUUCGGCCGCGAAAGAGGAACGCGGCGCAAAGUCUCGGACCAUUGUCAUGCGAGGUCCUCCGCCUUCUGCGCCCGGCGCACGGACGAGACAAGUUGACGUCGGCUGCAUUGACGGAGGGCUGCGCGCUGAGGCCCCUGCCCUUGCGAGCCACGUGGCCUUUCUCACUGAGCAGCUCGGGGAGACCCGGCGCCGCAUUGCAGACGAGGUGCAUUCGCUGAGAGCUGCCGAGGCCAAAGAAGAGUCUGCUGUGGAGGAGCUCAGCAAGGCCCAAGCACGCGCGGCCGAGCGAGAAUGGCCUUCGGAAAACCCUGAAGAUGUGACUGAUGAGGUCAAAGCGCUACGAGAUGAGGAGGCUCGUUUGGCUGCGGAAUCGGCAGACCUCGAUGCGGAGUGCACGGCACUGAGGCAGCGAGGGCUGCGCAUAAGCGCAGAGGCCAGCGCGGCUGAGACCCUGGCAGCGCAGCACCGAGGCCUGUUGCAGCAUGCGCAGCAAGAGCUGGAUGUUGCCAAAGAGGCGACGAGUCGGCUGGAACUCCGCGGUGCAGAUCCAACCUCUGCUGAGCUGGAGGAGGUGCGGAAGACAACUUUCCAGUUCCAGUCUGAGGAGUCCUCCCUGAACGAGGCAUUGGCCAAGCUGCGCGAAGGCAUUGAGGUUUCCCUGGAGACGGCCGCCAGCCAUCGCCUCGCAGCUUCUGAGGAGGUGGCUGCGGCGCGGCAUGUGGAGGCAUCGCGGCGCUCCGCUGCGCAGGCUCGCCAGGAGGCACAGCUCCGCCUGUCGAGGGAAUUGCACGCGGCGCGCACAGGGGCAGCUGAGGCGGAUGCCAAGCGCCUAGAGACCCGUCGCAAGGAGGAGGCCAUUUCCUCCGCAUCUGCGGUGCUUGGCCGGCAGUUGGCCGCAGAGCAGGCGGAGCUUGUGGAAGCACAGCGCAGCCGCCGUGAGCUUUCUUCUUCUUUGGGGCACGCCACGCAGGAACUGGAGGAUGUCCGAGGCCGGUGUCAGGCUGAGGAAGCGAGUAUUCACCACCUACAGGUUUCCCUGGAGACGGCCACUAGCCAUCGCCUCGCAGCUUCUGAGGAGGUGGCUGCCGCGCGGCUUGUGGAGGCAUCGCGGCGCUCAGCUGCGCAGGUUCGCCAGGAAGCACAGCUCCGCCUGUCGAGGGAAUUGCAGUCGGCACGCACAGGCGCAUCUGAGGCAGAGGCCAAGCGUAUAGAGACCCGUCGCAAGGAGGAGGCCAUUUCCUCUGCAUCUGCAGUGCUUGGCCGGCAGUUGGCCGCAGAGCAGGCGGAGCUUGUGGAAGCACAGCGCAGCCGCCGUGAGCUUUCUUCUUCUUUGGGGCACGCCACGCAGGAACUGGAGGAUGUCCGAGGCCGGUGUCAGGCUGAGGAAGCGAGCAUCCACCACCUACAGGUUGAGAUGAGGAGCGUGGCAUCAACAGCUCGAGGCCACAAGGCAGCAACCUCGGAGGCCGCGGCACAGCUUGCGGUCCUUCAGGCGGAGCUCGGGCAACGGCAGGCUGCGCUCCGCGAGGUGAUCAUGGAGGAGUCUGAGAGCCAGGCCAGUGUGACCGAAGCACGACGUGAGGCAGAAGCUGCAGAGGCGACUGCAGCAGGGCUGCGUGAUCAGCUCCAGGAUGUGCGCCAUGGGGCGGCCAGCACAGGAGAAGCGCUGCGGGAGCUCGAGGCUGGUGUGGCCUCGCGCCAGAGACAGUGGGCAGCACUGAGGGAACAACGCCAGGCAUACAAGGCAGAGCUCGCUGAGUGCUUGGCGGAGAUUGCUGGGGAAGUGGGGCGCUCGGCGGCUACGGCGCGAGGGCCAAGCUCAGUCCGGAUGCGCCUGCAGGAACUGGAGGAAGAGUCCAGCCGUCUGCACGGCACGAUUUCUGGGUUGGAGGCAGACCAAGCGGAGCUGGUGCAGAUCAGCGACAACGCCGACGAGAAGCUACGACCCUUGCGCUCGGAGGCUGCCCGGGUCCGUGCCCAGCGUGGGGAAGUGCAGUGGACAUUAGACAGACUACGCCAUCGGCGUGAUUGCCAACAUGGUGAGCUUGUGGAUUCAACGAAAACCGCAGCCUCCACGAGCGAGGCGAUCCGAGCAGUGGAAGCCGAGGUGCAGACUGCUCAGAGUGAACUUUCCGAACGGAUGCAUGAAGUGACGUUGGCUCUGGAUGACUUGAUGCACAUGACUGCCGAAAACCAGCUUCUCCACGAGCAGCUGCAGCGUGCGAAGAGCCACCGCGAUCACUUGUCUCGUGCUCUGGAGGAACAAGACAUGCACAAGCUGCCCCUGCUGCAGGAGUUACGUGGACAUGAGCAUAUGCGGGACACAGUGUUGCGUACGUACCAGGAGGCCAUCGAUGAGCGCCAGCGAAAGGAAGCAGCGGUGUCUGAAAUGUCGAACCAGGUCGCGAGCUCCUUUGAAGAAGUGAACGGUCUCAAGCAGUCGCUGGAGGCGCUGCUCCAUGCUGAGGACACGGUCAGAAAUCAGCUCCAAGGUGGAGAUUCGGAGCUCGCAGUGCUGCGGGCCAAGAUGAGAGAUGCCACGCAAGUCCUCGAGAUGCAGGAGUUUGCAGCCCAGGAGCUCCGGGCAGAGAGUUCACGGCUGCGUUUGGCUGCCAGCUCCCAGCAAUCGGCCAUCAACGAGGCAGUUCUGGGCGCCGCUGCUGUGGCGGCACAGGCGGAGUCUUUGCGAGCGGAGGUGCAGACUCAGCAGCACGACUUGGAGCAGGCCCGCAACCACCUGGCAGAUGGGCAGCGGCAGCGCGAUGAGGCGAUGAAGAGCAAGAGCCAGCUCGAGGACCUUCUCUCCGCACAGCGCCAGCUGCAGCUUCAAAGGGAGGCCGAAAUCCAGGCCGCAAGGGGCACCCUUGAAACCACCCCGACUGAAAGUGGCCGAGCCUUGGAGCAGACCCUGGAGCGCCUUCAAAGGCUUGAGGACUGCUAUGCGGCGGAGAUCAACCGCUUGUCCACCAAGCUACGGAGCUUUCAGGCCUCAGAAUUUCAGGCCACCGACCCGGAGCGCGUGCCAUGA